AUGAGUGACAGAAAAAAGCCAAAACUAUCGCAUGCUUUCACAAAUGCAAAAAGUGGCGUGACAUGGCUGGUGUGAUAUAAAGCCUCUGGGAAAAUGCUAUCUAGGAAAAUGAAAUAUAAAUACUCGAAUAAUGAAGAUGAUGAAAUUAAUUUUGCAGCAUAUUCGUGUUGUCCGGAAGGCGUUGCAAAACCGUCCAGAGGUAUCAAUCCCAAAUAUAUCCAUUUUCAAUGAUCGGGAAAGAGCUUAGCAGAUCUUGAUGAAGAUUUUCCAACAAACCUUCCUUUAUUUUAUCGUCUUACGUAUCAAACUCUUAAGUGCAUGGCCGAAAUGCAUAGUCGAGGCAUUACUCACGGAAAUCUAAGUAAAAAGAAGAUCUUUUAUUAUAAGUCGAAAUUCAAGAUUGCAUAUUUUGAAAAAGGCUCAAAGAGUGAAUUCCUUGAUCCUAUUUCAUCGAUUAGUUCACUACCCCUUAUCUCAGAUGCAGAACAAAAGAAUCUUAUCUUGAAUAAAAAAAUAGAUGUAAAAAAUCUUGGCCUUAUACUAUUGAAAUGCAUAAAGCCUAAUUUCCCGAUUUCAAAGCUGGGAAGUUUAAGUGAAGGAGCUAUGGAAAAUUUUGUUGAAAGAAAGAUUCGGAAACUUGAUUUACGGAUCAGAAAUCUUUUUAGGAAAAUGCUAACAUUUCAUGAUCACAAUAGAUGCUCUAUGGAAGAAGUAUUCCAAGAUUGGGAAACAACUGUAAUCGCUGUAGAAGCAAACAAGAGCUUGAAUGAGAGAACAGUUUCAAGGUAA